CUUUGAAGUCCGAUACACGACUCACUCAGUGACUGCGAAUGUCGAGAUUGCUGACAAUCUCAAGUCCAACGACAUGAGUUCUUCCAGCACAUCUCCAUCCACACAGGACAUCUGGAAGUGGACAUUCACCAAGGAAGCGACUGCUCCAUGCUUCAUUAGAGACGCCCUCUCGAUGAAGGAAAGCAACACCGGAGAUGCCGACUUUUACUGGCUGGGACACAUCCCCUGUCGAAAAGUGAUCAUUGUUGGCAUAGUGGUUGGAAUCCAGGACUACGAGAAACGGACGUUGUACACGAUCGACGAUUCUACGGCUGUCAUAGACUGCGUGCUUCGUCAUCCUUUGCCACCGAAAGCUCCAACGAAUACUGAUGCAAGUCGCUCGGUUCAGAACUCAAAAUGGGAGGCGACGUCACUUAUUCCUCCUGCGCCACCCACUCCUGUCACUGCUAUCGGUUACCCAGUGCAAGUAAUCGGCAAAGUUUCUCGGUUCUACGAUACAAGACAAAUAGUAGUCGAAUCUAUUGAACCCUGCGAGUCGACUAAUGACCAAUGGAAACACUGGAAAACAGUUGCGGAGCUUCACAAGUCGAGAUAUUCCGUGCCGAAACCGUUUGAGAUACCAGCGCCUCUUGCUGUUUCUUCAUGUGAGACUGGUUCGGAAGAGCUUGGAAACUGGCAUGAAAGGAGACAGCCAGCUGCGGCAUCCACGUCGGCAUCGGGGACGGGUAUCCCCGCGCCCCGCACGCCCUUGAAGCGUCCAGCACACGAUCAUGCCCCAUCCUCACCACUUACGGAUAGUACAACCUCCGCCGCAUCCAGUCCAAUUAAACAUGGAUCUACAGAUCCACCGAAACUUCGUCACCCUUCCCGAUUACAUGCGCGGGACUUGACUGAGAACACGUUUCGAUUGUACCUCAAGCAUUACAUGGACCAUGCUGUUGUGGCCCUUCAUUGGGACACAGAUGAUAAUUUGUUCUCGACGCCGACCAAGCGCCCGCGCGUUCCAUUGGACCAGACUCCUAAGGCACGAACGGUGUAUACAACGGAUAACAUGACGCCACGCGCAUCUACUCUGAAUGAUAGUGCUCCCGAUCGCCCUGCAUUCACGCUCUCGCACCUACGCCGCGUUCCAGAACUCGCGCUUCUCGCUUGCCGGGUGGUUCAUGCCGAGAGGAAGCGACGCGCCCGAGCAGAGAGGGAUGCAGAAAAAGACAAGGCUAUGCAGACACAGAAGACCUCCUCGAACAAUACCCAUGUGGCCUUAUCGAAAGCCCUUACUCAUUCACGAACGAGGACCAAGCCCACAGAUGUGCCGCGUGUGAAGAUGAAGCGCCUAUUUUCGUGGGCGGUAUUAAAGUUAUAUGAAGAGGGUAGCAUCGUGCUCUGGGACCAACCACUGACGCCCGUUGCUGUCUCCGGUUCGCGUCCUCCUGAGUCUGGCGACACAAGCGGGUUGUGGAAGACUGCGAACAACACUGCUAAUUGCUCAAGUGCGAAUAGCUCAGUGUUUUCAACCGCCAAUAACACGAUGUUUUCUUCUACUGGGGCUUCUUCGUCCAAGUUCGUCAUGUCUGAAGAAGAUGCUUAUCUCUCUGAUCCACCGAUGUAUGAGGAAGAUGAGGCUUAUGUUUCUGUGACGCCAACAUUGCUUGCUGCACCUGUGCGAAAGAUCAUGCGCGCGAAGGGGAUGCGAGGCAAGAGUGUCAAGGUUGGAGCGGAAGAAAUUACAAGGUGUUUGAGAAGAGAGGAUGCACGCUGGGCGCGGAUUGGGGCGUGGGCUGUGGAAGAGACUAUGGAAAUGAUUCUUGGGGAGCGGAAGUAAGUUCGUCGCGUUGCGAGCGCAUGUUUGGGGUCGAUUGCAUCUGGGUUUGCGGCGGAAUGUCAUA